AUGGUGUCCUUAUCCCUGCCGUCAAUACCCUCCCCUUCCCAGAUCAAGGCUAGGAUUGGUCCACAUCUACACCGCGAGGUCCCCAAAAACCCCGGCUCCUACGGAAACGAGCGCUGGAGCAAUCCAGACUUGGACCCUGUUCCACCAGAGAAGCGGACAUGGGGUGCUGGAGAUUACUGGGCGUAUUGGACGUCCGAUAUGCUUGCCCCUCCUCUCGCAUCAACAGUUUCAGUUGUGAUGUCGUUGGGGUUCACGGCGAAGUCGACUCUUCCCAUCGUAUUCUGCGGAUUCAUGAUAUGCUCUAUUAUUAUUACCCUCACGGGUAAAAUCGGUGCACGAUACUCGAUUUCAUAUCCAGUUGUAACCCGGGGUAUCUUUGGAAUGUACGGCUCUAUGCCCGCUAUCCUACUUCGUGGCUUUGUUGCACUCAUGUGGACGGCAAUUCUCUGUGUCCAAGCCGCCGAUUUCUUGCGAAACUGUAUCACCGCCAUAUGGCCAAGUUUUGCUAGUUUCCCUAAUCACCUUCCCGACUCCGUCGGAAUUGACUCGGCUGGCAUGCUGUGCUUCUUCCUAUACUGGAUUGUGCAAACAAUCUUGUCCCUCAUGCCUAUUCACAAGCUGAGAAUCCUGUUCCUCAUCAAGGCUGUCAUCGUCCCGCCCACUUUCCUCGCCCUAUUCCUAUGGGGAGCGAUAAUCACCAAGGGAGGCGGACCACUUGUUAAGGGCCCUACCCAACUAACAAGCUCCUACAUGAACACAGCUUAUAGCGCUUUGACUGGUUUAAACGUCAUUAUUGGGCUUUUCAGUUCCAUGGCCGUCAACAUGCCUGAUUUUGGUAGAUUUUCCAAGGAUGGGUUGGCCGGAUACAAUCAAUUCUUCGCCCUUCCUGUCAUUGGGACCCUGGGCGCCUUGACUCCAAUCUUUGUCACAUCUGCUCACCAAUACCAACAUGGCAAGUUCCAAUGGUACAUGCCAGCUAUCAUUGCAGCCUGGGACAGCCGUGCUGCCAAAUUCUUUGUUGGUCUUAGUUUCAUCCUAGCUACUAUUGGAAACCAGAUUGCAGCUGGAACUUUCCCCUUCUCCAACGAUAUCUCAGGUCUUGCUCCCAAGUACAUCAAUAUAUUCCGCGCUACCCUCAUAGCCGGAGUCUUUUGCGUCGUCUGUCAGCCAUGGUUGAUUAUCAAGAAUGCUGAGGGGCUGCUCGCUUUCCUUAGUGGCUAUUCUUGCAUGAUGGGCCCUCUCGCCGGUGUCAUUGUAUGCGACUAUUGGGUAAUCAAGAAGCAGCGGUUCGAUAUUCGCGAACUCUACAAAGGAGACGGUAUCUAUUACUACUCCUACGGUAUCAAUUGGAGGGCUUGGACCAGUUUCCUAUUCGGUUUCCUUCCGACCCUUCCUGGAUUCGCCAAAUCAAUUGAACCAACUCUCAAUGUUGGUGGUGCUUGGAAGAUCUAUACAUUCGCUUGGCUCUUUGGCUUCAGCGUCUCUUUCCUUGUCCACUACGUUAUCAACAUGUAUAUCUCACCCGACACGCCUACUCUAAUCGAUGCACCAGUUCUACCUCCACAGAUUGGAGAGGUAGUCGCUUCCGAUGAAGAGGCGCCGGUCGACAAAUCCGAUAUUGCUUAUGGCGAGAAAGAGUUGGAGAAGUAG